AACCAGUUACGUUUGCAGACAUGUUUCACCGUGUUUCAUCGUGAUAUUACACUUUGGAUUGUUGAAUCGUUUACGAAUCACGUUGUUGUUUUUGCUCUGGAAAGUGCCUCAGAAGCACUGCGGUCACGUUUUUGUAUCAGGAUGGGAGACAAAGGAUUUUCAGGGUUAGGACUGAUUCUCCGCUCUGCUUUGUUUGUUGUAACGCUGCGCCUGGUUUAUGGGGACCUGAGUUACUCUAUUCCAGAAGAAAUGAAACAAGACUAUGUCAUUGGAAACGUCGCGAAGGACCUCAGUGUUAAUUUUGGAACCUUAGCUUCACGACAAGCCCGUGUUGAUUUUGAAGGAUCUCGGAAAAGGUACUGUGAUAUUAAUAUGAGAACCGGAGAUUUGAUCACAUCGGAGAGAAUUGACAGGGAAAGCCUUUGCGGGAAGAAACCUUCUUGUGUUUUAAAAGUAGAUCUGGUGUUAGAAAAUCCUUUGGAGCUUCACCAUAUAAGUCUGCAUAUUCAAGAUGUGAACGACAAUGCACCGCAAUUUAACGAAAAUUUGAUAAGAAUGGAAAUAAGCGAGUCAGCAGAGAAGGGUAACCGCUUCUCAAUUGAAGAGGCCCAUGACGCAGAUAUUGGUCAAAAUGCUGUGCAAAGAUACAGCCUACAUAAGAACGACAACUUUAUUCUGGCUGUUGAUAGCAAUAGAGUUGAACUUGUUCUACAGAAUAAACUUGAUCGAGAGAAACAAAAGGAGGUGAAUUUACUCCUCACAGCUUUGGACGGUGGAUCUCCUCAGAGAUCAGGUACCGUAGUCAUACACGUCACUGUGCUGGAUGCUAAUGAUAACGCCCCAGUGUUCAGCCAGGCCGUUUAUAAAGCCAGUCUGCCUGAAAACUGUCCUUUAGAUACAACAGUGAUUAAAGUCAGUGCCACAGAUGCAGAUGAAGGAGUGAACGGAGAUGUAACAUAUCAGUUUGGCCAUGUGUCUGACAACGACAUAAAUGUAUUUUCCAUUGAUUCCAAAACGGGAGAAAUUAAAGUAGCUGGUGUAAUUGACUAUGAAGACAGAAGUUUUUUUGAAAUGAGGGUAAAAGCCAAAGAUGGUUUAGGACUAACAUCUUAUGCUAAAGUUUUAAUAGAUGUGACUGAUGUAAAUGAUAAUACACCAUUUAUAUACCUGAAGACACUGUCAAAUCCCAUACCUGAGAAUGUGCCAACUGGUACAGAGGUGGGCAUCAUUAAUGUUCAGGAUAGAGACUCUGGGAAUAACGGGCAGGUCCGCUGCUCCAUCCAGCAGGGUGUCCCCUUUAAAUUGGUUCCGUCUAUUAAAAACUAUUAUUCUCUGGUGAGCACAGGGCAACUGGACCGCGAGCUAGUGUCUGGUUACAACAUUACAAUCACUGCCACUGACGAGGGCUCUCCACCUCUGUCCUCUUCUAAAAGUGUUCAGUUAUCUUUAGCUGACAUCAACGACAACGCACCUGUGUUUGAGGAACAGUCGUACAAUGCAUAUGUGAGUGAGAAUAACAAACCUGGCUCCACUUUAUGUUCCGUUAGUGCUCGAGACCCCGACUGGAGACAGAACGGUACAGUGGUUUAUUCUCUGUUAGCUGGUGAGGUGAACGGUGCCCCGGUGUCCUCAUAUCUGUCUGUGAACGGAGACACGGGUGUGAUCCACGCUGUGAGGUCGUUUGAUUAUGAACAGUUCAGGAAUUUUAAAGUCCACGUGAUGGCCAGAGACAAUGGUUCUCCUCCUCUCAGCAGCAACGUGACCGUGAGUGUGUUCAUCUCAGAUGUGAAUGACAACUCUCCUCAGAUCCUGUACCCCUCCCCGGAGGGCAACUCCUUCAUGACCGAGCUGGUCCCCAAAGCUGCACACGGAGGCUCUCUGGUGUCCAAAGUGAUCGCGGUGGACGCCGACUCCGGACAGAACGCCUGGCUGUCCUAUCAUAUAGUCAAAUCCACUGAUCCGGGACUUUUUACCAUUGGUGUCCACAGCGGAGAGAUCAGGACACAGCGGGACAUUUCUGAAUCUGACAGCAUGAAACAGAACCUUGUAGUGGCAGUGAAAGAUAACGGACAGCCCUCUCUGUCUGCCUCCUGUUCCAUGUAUUUACUUAUUUCUGAUAACUUGGCUGAGGUGCCAGAACUGAAGGAUCUGUCUUAUGAUGAGAAGAAUUCCAAACUGACCUCUUAUCUGAUCAUCGCGCUGGUGUCUGUGUCCACGUUUUUUCUGACUUUCAUCAUCAUCAUCCUGGGUUUGAGGUUUUGUCGCAGGAGAAAGCCCAGACUGUUAUUUGAUGGAGCAGUAGCCAUCCCCAGCGGUUAUCUCCCUCCUAAUUACGCAGAUGUUGAUGGCACAGGAACUUUACGCAGCACUUACAACUAUGACGCGUACCUGACCACAGGUUCUAGAACUAGUGACUUUAAGUUUGUGACAUCAUACAAUGACAACACGCUGCCUGCUGACCAGACUCUGAAGAAAAGUUCAUCAGAUUUUGCUGAUGCAUUUGAAGAAUCAGAUGGGUCUGUAGAGGUAUGA